GCAGCCGCAGCCCCGCGCCGGGAGCCGCCGCAGCCGCACGACCCCCGGAGCCGCCGCCGGGAAUCGGGGAGCGGCCGCGGGCCGGGAGGGGGAGGCGGCCGCGGGGCCGCGGACAGGCAGCGGGGGACGCAUGGCAGGCCUGGGCGGGGGGGGGUCCCCGCCGCGGGCCCCCCCGGGCCCCCCCGCGCUGCAGCCGCGCUGGAAGCGGGUGGUGGGCUGGGCUGGGCCCGUGCCCCGGCCCCGGCACGGCCACCGCGCCGUGGCCAUCAAGGAGCUCAUCGUGGUCUUCGGGGGGGGCAACGAGGGCAUCGUGGACGAGCUGCACGUGUACAACACAGCCACCAACCAGUGGUUCAUCCCGGCCGUGCGGGGGGACAUCCCCCCGGGCUGCGCCGCCUACGGCUUCGUGUGUGACGGCACGCGGCUGCUGGUGUUCGGGGGCAUGGUGGAGUACGGCAAGUACAGCAACGACCUCUACGAGCUGCAGGCCUCCAGGUGGGAGUGGAAGCGGCUGAAGGCGAAGACCCCCAAAAAUGGGCCCCCCCCUUGCCCCCGGCUGGGCCACAGCUUCUCCCUGGUGGGCAACAAGUGUUACCUGUUCGGGGGGCUGGCCAACGACAGCGAGGACCCCAAAAACAACAUCCCCCGGUACCUGAACGACCUGUACGUGCUGGAGCUGCGCCCGGGCUCGGGGGUGCUGGCCUGGGACAUCCCCAUCACUUACGGGGUGCUGCCCCCUCCCCGGGAAUCCCACACGGCCGUGGUGUACACGGAGCGCGACGGGCGGCGCUCGCGCCUCGUCAUCUACGGGGGCAUGAGCGGCUGCAGGCUGGGGGAUUUGUGGACCCUGGACAUCGGGGGCUAA